CUCGUCCGUACCUCAUCUGUGUCGCCCGCUCUCCCCGGGCCUCCCCGGGUCUGGUCUCCCGUGCCUCGCCGCGCUGCCGACUGAUGCCCGACGACAUCCGCGCCAAGUUCCUCUCAAUCCCGCAACUCGUUGCGGUGGUCGAUGCUGCGCGGCGCGACUCUGGGACGCUCGUGUCGGGACUCACCUCCCUCUGCGCGGAGACGCCCGCGAUCGGUGAGCUGAUCGGCAUGCACAAGGAGGAGUUCGCAACCUUGCUGAAUAGCACCGAACCGCUUCCGAAGGUUGCGACGGCCACGGAGGCUGACAAGAUGGACACAAGCGAUGAUGGCGCUUUGGCCACGCUCGCCAACCUCUCGAGCACCGCCGACCCUCUCCCGCCGGAAAAAGAGGCCGCCAUGGCCACCUCUGACGAGCCGGAGACCGAGACGGCGCGCACGGUCCCUACGCCACCAGACCGGGCGCCCGACUGCCCAGUCUGCCUCGGCGAGCUCGGCGGCGAUGCGGCGGCGGAGGCCGUCACGCUCAGGUGCGGCCACACCGUCCACCUCGCCUGCUGGAUGCCCGUGGUCCUGAUGGUUGGCGCUGGCGAGACGGCGCAACGGCGCCACAUCGAGGACCGGAUGGGCCGCAAGUGCGUCCUUUGCCGCACCGACUUCUCGAGCGAGGUGACAAAGGCGCUCCGCUCGAGGCGCGCCAUCCUGCGCAAGGUGGAGGGCGAGGAGGCGCGCGAUGAGCAGUACGAGGCGAUGCUCCGAUCGAUGGCGCCAGGCCACCGAUUGCUGCCCGAGAAUGCGGCUGCCGAGGCGGCCCCGCUGCAGCAGCAGAUGCCGCUCCCUCCGGAGGCGUGCAUGCUCCUCCUCUCCCAGGAGAACGUCGUGGUCGACCAGGCCAAGCCCGUGCUCUGCCGGCUGAUGCGCGCCGAGCUGCAGGCGGCGGGCCAGAGCCCGUCUGGCGCGCACAACACGCUCGUGGCGCGGCUGAUCUCGAACCGGCUCGCCUCGACCAGCUUCUUCCUCAAGCUGCACAAGGAGCGCCUCUUCGACGCGCUGCAGGACACGCCGCCCGCCCGCGAAGUGCGCCAGCUCGUCGAGCAGCUCGAGGCGCAGCUGGCCGACGCCGAGGAGCAGCAGCGCCGGAGGCAGCUGCGAGACGCGACGCGAGACGCGGCAGUGGUCGCAGCUGUACGCCGGUCGCAGCUGCCGAUCGCAGGUGGUCUCGGAGGCAUGCUUGGCGGGCCCGUGCCGGGCGGCGGCGCCUUUGCGCCUCCCCCGCCCCGGCCGCCACCGCUGAGUGAGGAGGAGGAGGCGCAGGUCGGCGCGCUGGUCGCGAUGGGCUUUGAGCGGCCCCGCGCCGUGCAGGCGUUCGUCGAGUGCGGCCGCAACCAAGAGCACGCGGCCAACUACCUGCUCUCGGGCGCGAUCUGACGCGCCGGCCGGUCGUGGGUCUGUCUCAUGGUCUGUCUCUAGGGGGGCUGCUCUGUGUAUUGCUGGUCAUGAUGGCGCUGUGAUUCUCUGCGGAAUGUGUGAGACGUCGGGCAGUGUCUUCUCGGAGAGCGCGGGGGUGAUGCGCGGAUGCCGUGCACGGCCGAUUGGGCGUCUAUGGUAGAGGGUCGGGGGCUGUUUGCAUGGGAGAGGAAGCGCAGGCGGCAGUUGCACACUUGGAGCACUUGGAGUGCAGUUGGUAGCCUCACAUCCAGGGCCAGGAGCACUUGGAGCACUUGCGGCCGGAUUUUUUUU